AUGAGUAAGACUUCUAAUUGUGCUAUGUUCAAGAAUUUGCCAUCUUCGAGAAUAUUGAAACAGAUCACUAGGUUAAAUAACAUUGCAGGUACGCCAGAAACCGCAUUCAAAUUCAACCCUAAGUACACCAAACUUGAAUUAUUCUUGAUAAAACACAACGUUUCAGGAUCAGCUAUUGGAUUGAAAAAGUUCUGGAGAAAUAAUUUGCCAACAUUAAAAUUUCACAACGAAGAUGUCAAUUUUGUCCUUACUAGGAUCAACACUAGUACAAAGGAAGACAUUUCCAAAUGCCCAUCAAAGAUCGUUGUAUACGAUAAUGCCGAUAAAAAGUACGAAAUAGAUUGUGCUGAUAGACAAGUGAGUGAUAUACUUGCGGAAGUUAUAAAAGUCACCGAAGCAUCCCCAGUCGCAGAGAAGGAAAUCCCAGUUAUCGCUACUCCACAACAAGAUAACUUCAUUUAA